AUGGCGGCAGCAGACGCUAUUCAAAGCAUCGCAGCCGCGGAGAAAAGGGUCCUCACUGAGGAGUAUGGGGGCAAGUUAUCGAACAAGUUUAUUGAUGAGCUCAAGGCUGCCACGCUGUUCCAGUUCGACUGGGGUGAAUUGUUAAGCGCUGCCCCGACUGCCCUGUACUUCAUGGGCUCUUGUUGGUUGGCCGCCGCGAACCCAACGGCUGAAAUGAUCUCUCUGGCUGAAGUAGUGCCAGAUGGGGGCUUCAAGUAUUUGACAAAUCUAAGGAAGCCGACGCUUAGAGCGUGUCUUGUCGACGUGUGCAACAAUGGCGGAAGACAGGCUUUCACCAUUGCCGGCAAAAACAUGGACGCCUUGCACAUGAUAAGCCGGCGCAUCUGUGAUGAGAGAAUCGAUAUAGUAUUCAAGCGCUUGGGGCCGUGUACUGCCAACGCAGACGCCCUCGAAGACUUUAACGAUGCCUUGCAAGAUUUGUCCAGAGACGCACACAGGUGUGCCGAGUUGGCGACUGAGAUGCGUGAGGCCUUUAGCAAAUGGGGUAAGAUGGUUGGCGAGUUGAACAUGUGCACGGAAAACCAGGUGGGCAGCACGAGCAUCCGCGCCUACGACGUCGCAACAGAGCAGCGCAUGGCCGAGAUCGAAGAGAAGUUCGCUGAUGACGCAUCCGACAACACCAAGACGCAGGUCGAAAAGGCGGCUCGCGAACUGGCAAAGUCGGAAGGCCGACUCGACAGAGCCGUCCGUGAGGUGCCUGGCCCAUGGGCGACGGUCAUCCAGGGGGCCGUCGUAUGCUAUACCCAGACGAUACCAACACUCAUGGCUGGCGCUCUCCCUGCCAUCUUUGCUGGGUGUACAGAACACAAAGUCACCCAUAUACCAGCGCAGGUCGACAUUCCUCAGGAGAUGCCGCCGCCGCCGUAUGACGAUCCGUCCUACGCCAGCGCCGCCGAAAUCAGGGAUCUGGUCAACCACUUCUACAGCUUCAUCGGUAGUGACAGCGGUCCAAUCGACUGGGAAAAGUUCAAGAGGUCCCCAGGGGUCAACGGAACUCUUCGAGAAGACGGGAACCAAGCCGGAGACUGUCUGGCCUACCGAACCCAAGCAGCGGGCGCCAACGAACCCCAGGGGCUGGCCUAUCUCUUGGGCACCUUGCGAGGCCUGAGGCAAAGCACAGAUGUGACCGGCACAAAGGCAAACAACAAGCUGAUGGAAGCGUAUGGAAUUCUCAUAGAGGUUGGCACUGAGAUCCAGAUCCACCUGAGCCAGCAGAACAAGAUCAACGCGGUGGCCAACCCCAGCGAUCAGGUCGUCCGGGGCUGGAAAGAAAGAGUCAAGAAGGCCCAGACCAACGUGCUUCAUCUUGCGGCCUCAGCCAACGCCAGGUCCUCCAGUAGCGUCCCGAGGCCGUUUGGCAACGUAAACAUCCAGAGCUGGCCUGACUCGUCGGUGCAAAAGGCGCAGCUUAGCACGGCAUUGCAGUCGGUGCAGAUAGCUCAAGCGGCACUCGAAAGCGCGCAGUCGACAUAUGAUGCCGCCCGCGCCAAACAGGAGCAAACUGCAAAGGCCAUGGUCAGGAUCCAGGCCAAGCUCAAGAAGCUCCGUGACGAGGGGCAGAAUCUUGAAAAGAUCAAAGACGUGUUACGCGAUUGCAUCUCGGUCCUGGUCGACCUGGCUGUCCAGAUCCGCAAGCUGGAGCAGUUCUUUAUCAUGCUAGCCAACGUCAUCGAUCACAUCGUGCUGCCGCGGGCUGAGACCUUCACACGCACGAUGACCAAAGUCGGCCGUCGUGCUCUGAGAGACGGCGCCAUCAACGCGGAUGAUAUCACCAAGCAGACAAUAUAUACCUCGACUCUACAGAUCAAGGGCUAUUUUAGCGUUUUGCAGGACAUCUCAGAGAUGUACACGCUUGUGCACCAGCGAUAUAUCAAUGAGGGUGUUGACUUGUGCUACCGCCUGUCCAAGGGCACGGCGAGCAACGACCCCAUGUCCGAGCUGCAGGAGACCUUGGCUAGUUAUUCGGAUAAAUCAGCCAAGGAGAUUGCUGCGCUGGCCUCUGAUAAGCAGGCAGGGGUCCUCCAAUCUCUAAAGGACCGCGCCCGCAAGGCCCUGGAGCACACGCAGCUGAUUGAGAACGAAGUCGCCAAGAGGGGGAUUGCGGUUGAAGAGUCGGCCAAGUUGGCUAUAAAAGAAGGCGGGGAGCAGUACUGCGCCGAUGCUGCGAGGAUAAAUAUCAAUCCGAAUUUCAUCCUCCACACAGACACAGGCUCCAACCGGUCGAUUGCUCUAGACACCAAUGGCGAUUCUACUUUGAAUGCCGUGGUCCAAGACGGCGAUGGUACCGGAGCCAUUUCAUACCAGCCAAUUCGGUCCUCAAAUAAUUCGCGAGACAGUGCAAGUAAACUUUCAGCAUUACCUCCACAAGUUGUUUGCGAAUCCCGUCAUGGCCUAAAGGUACUCGUCAGCCAACCAGUCGAUAAGAGAAACGCCGUGGACAUUGUCGCUAUUCAUGGACUGAAUGGCGAUCGCGAGGGAACCUGGACCGACAAGACAACGAACGUUAACUGGUUAAGUAACGCGUCCUGCCUCCCAAAAGACGUUCCAAAUGCGCGAGUCUUCAGUUUUGGCUAUAACUCGGCCACAUAUUUCAGUCGGUCCAACUCAGAUGUCCAGGACUAUGCCUCGGAGCUCCUUGCAGAAGUAAAGGCUCAUAGGAGGAGUGAUGCAGAGAAGCGCAGACCCAUCGUAUUCAUCUGUCAUAGCCUCGGUGGUUUAGCGAUAGUUAGAGCCCAUGAACAGAAUCAAUUUUACUCGUCCCUCAUGGAAAGUGUCCAAGGAGUGAUAUUCUUCGCAACUCCGCACAAGGGCUCGAGCCUGGCUUUCUGGGACCUUAUUGGAACUCGCAUCGUUCAAGCUGCUGCUUUUGGCUUGGCAGCUAACCCAAACUUACCCAAGGAUCUCAAAGUUAACUCGGAGAUGCUAAACCGUAUAUCUAAUUCUUUUGCAUAUCGGGGAUGGAAUAUUAAAAUUCGGAGUUUCUAUGAAACGGAAUUUAUGCCUUUCCUCAACUGUCGCGUCGUUGAUAAGGAUUCGGCCAGGCUAGGUUGGGGGAACGAACUCGAUAUCGCAUCAACGGCAAACCAUUCGAGUAUCUGCAAGUUUGCCUCGGCAACCGACCAUAGAUACCAGACAGCCAUCGAUGCAAUACUCGAUAUCAUCAACACAUCGGACGAGACAGCCACUCCUACACUCGGCGUUAAGGAGGUGAGCUGUAUUGGCCGGUUGAACUCGGAAUAUGAGCAUCAUCUUGACCAAGUGGAUAAUCCGGUUAGCGGAACCUGUGAAUGGAUUCUCUCACAUCACAAGUGGCAACAGUGGCAAUCGUGGCCGCACUCAUCCUUACUCUGGAUUACUUCAAACGCAGGCUGUGGGAAGUCCGUUACCGCAAAGUUUCUUGUCAACUAUUUUAAAAGUAAACGAGGUGUAAAUGCAUCUCAAAGUUUUGGUUACUUCUUUUUUAUGGAUGGUAUCGCUGGUCAGGACAAUGCGACUGCUGCAGUAUCUGGUCUCCUUCAUCAACUAUAUCGUUCACAACAUGGUCUCAUUAGACACGCCUUGAACAAAUUGGAAGGCAACUUGAGUCAUAUCAGGUUCUCAACUUUAUGGCAGAUUUUUGUCGAUAGUAUCAAUGAUGAUUACGCAAAAGAUGUUCUCUGGGUCCUGGACGGGGUGGAGGAAUGCGAAGCACAAUCGCUUCGCCAAUUCAUGAGGGCACUGUCGGCUCUUUUUGAGCCACAAACCGCCGCUAAAGGUACUAUUCGGAACUGCAAUCUCAAGGUUGUGCUGCUCAGUCGUCCAAGCAGUUUAAUACAGCAUGCUUUGGGCCUAUUCCCGGAAAAGGACUCAGUGAAUGGUCAUCUCAGCAACAAACUCAGACUUUCCGGAGAAGACGAAAACCAGGCACUUACAGCAGACAUCCUUCGGUUCGCACACUCGAAGAUUAAUGAACUCAUGUUAGCAUCUGCUCUCCCGGAGAAUGUAUUAAAGCAUCUACAAGAAAGGCUCGUUGCUGGAGCUGAUUUCACGUUUCUCUGGAUAUCACUAGUCAUUAAAGUAGUCGAAGAUUCAACAUUAAACGGCAUUUCCGUUGUACAGCUGGAAAAGAUUUUAAACACCACUAAUUUGGACAAUAUUUAUCAGCAACUCUUGGAGGGUCCAUCCAGGGCAUUUCCUUCAAAGACAAGGAAACUUUUAUCCAUUAUUCUAGCCUCAGCCCGGCCCUUGACUGUUGACGAAAUGUGUGCAGCAAUAGAGGUUCAGGAGAAUUAUGAUGUCGAAGCAACCAUUACUGGCGGAUUUACAGCCGUUAUGGAAAGGAGCAACAACAGAACUGCUAGGAAGGGCACCAACUAUCCAAAAGGUUGGGCAGAGAAUGCCGACGCUACCGGUCAGCAAUCGCUUAAAAUGCUUGAGGAUCAGCUUCACAAGCCCUUUGAUAACCAUAUACGCCAACUUUGUGGUCAUUUCGUUCGGAUUCGAUGCGGCAAGCUAUAUUUCGUUCAUCAAACGGCACGGACCUUUUUGACCAAAGCAUCUUUCGAACUGCGUUAUGAGCCGCACCCCACGCUUGCUUUGACUCAUGGCGUUUCAGGGGAAGAGAGAAUACCUGCUAAUGACUCAAGAAGAAUAUGGUAUCCCAUAAAACAAGAGGAAGCAAUUCAUACUCUUCUCAACCUCUGUGUAAAUUACAUCAAGAUAUUUGCUCGUGAAGAAGAAGAAGAAGAUGAUGAUGAUGAACUUCAGGUGUGGAAUGAAGAGCAAAUUGCGCAGUAUCUUGAGCCCGGCACAAAGCUUUUCAACGUAUGGAUCAAAGUACACGGCAGCUGGAGAGAGGAGCAUACGACGCGAAGCGGAGCUAAACAGAUAAAUGGAUCAGCAGAUGACCUUCAAGUCCCUGAGUUCAACCCAAUUUGGGAACUUGGCAGACAAUUCGAGGAGUUCGAAAAAUGGUUUUCUGGGAAAUGGCGUGUCGCAUCUACCUCUGAAGAGACCAAUCAAAGGAUUGAAAAUCUAAGACGUCAAUUCGCCCAGAAUCCGAAGCUUCAUACCUUGAAAGAAUUUCUCGAUCAAGAGGAGUGGACCAGUGAAGCCAGAAAUUACGAGCUUCUGGCAUUCAGAGUUGAACAGAUGAAUCAUUUGUUCACCGAACUCACCGACGAAUGGUCUCAGGCUAUCAAUGAGUAUAAGGAAUAUAAAAUAGUUCUUGCAAACCCGGAGCAAACAAAGGACAAGAACGCUACAGCACAUAUUCGAGACAUUCGGAAGAAAAUGCAAAUGGAAAAACAGCUCCUUGAAGCCCUCAUGCAUUUUGACCUUCUCAACUUGAGUGAAGCAGGACUUGAAGGGGAUGAAUUCCUGCUUGGAUAUUGGCAAUCGAGAAGCUACAGCGAACGCUAUCAGAAAGACUACGAAGGGGACGAGAAGCAGUAUGAUGGUGGUGGCGGUGACGGUGACGGUGUCGGUGUCGGUGGCGGUGGAGAGAUUGCGGAUGAAGAUAAUAUCCCAGACUGGAUUAAGCAUUACAUUCGAAAGAAACACGGAGCGGUGAUUGCUGGUAGGUCUCAUGUUACUGCUACUCCCGGUAUACAUCUCCCAGGGUUAUCAAACCCUGAGACUCUAUCAUUCGAUGAUAGUGUAGGGUUGAGAUUGGCAAGUGACCAGUCUAAACAGCGAAUGCAGAUGGGUCAGACUCAGCGCUCGAUGGGUUUACCACGAGGAUAG